GUCCCGCGCUGCCAACUGGCUGAUCAGCAAGCGACGGCGGUGGGUCUUUCCAAGUCAAAUUGUUCAAAAUAAACGACGGAAGAUGUUGGGAGAGGUCGAGGAGUUGAAGCAUGAUACGUCUGGGCUUUUCCGCUGGAAGCGGUUCACCAAGCACCAAAAUGGAUCAAAGCAAAACAUGAAUCAUGAUGAUAUUCAAGACUGGAUUAAAAGAGUUGAACAGGCAUCUGAAUGUGCUGUAGCAGAAGUAUUUCCUUCAAAAAAGAUGCAAACUCCAAAGGUCGGUGGCUACGUUAUGACAAUGGAGACAGUUGAUCAGCUCCGUGACCAUGAUAAUGCCUAUGCUGAAGCUCAGGAGUUACUACAGGAGUGGAUGAAUUCCAAGCUAAGAUUGGAGUUAGAAUAUGAAGAAGCUGGAGAACUACAAGAUGAUAUGAACAAUUCAGAGACAUUUGUAUGUUCAUCCGAGACGAUUUCCAAAAUGCCUGAAUAUGAAAAAUUUGAUGAUUUGUACAAUUACUUGGAAGAGGAGGAAGGGGAGAAAGAGAUUGCUGCAACACAGGCUUUCUUACAGCAGCUGCUUGAAAAGAAAUUGGAGGAGUAUGGUAUCCUUGAUAAUCUUGGGAUAGAAGAGGAAAAUCAACAGAAAACGCAAAAAGACCCACGUUUAAGCAUGGAGGCAAGACACCGACAAGUGAAAGAAAAUCGUCUUAAAAGGCAGACUCAGUUGGAGCAACAGAAGCAGGAGAAAGCCAUAAAGAAAUUUGCUCAUGCUAAAGCUCAUGAACUGCUUAAGGAGGAAAACAGAAAAAAAGCUUUACAGGCUAAGAAAGAGGAAGAGCACAUUAAAAAAGAGAUGGUGAAGUUACGGAAAGAAAUGACGGAAAAAAGAUACAUUAUGGAAGAAGCAAAGUGGCUUGAACGAGAGCAUCAAAAGAAAGAGAAAAGGCAGAAAGCCCUGCUUCAGGAGAAAGCCAAGCAGGCAUUGAUGGAAUUACAAGUGCAGAAGAGUCGCGAACGUUCUGAGAUUGAGAAUCUUCGGAAAAUGCAGGAGGUUGAUGCCAGGAUUAAAUCUUGCCAGUUACGGUGUUUGCAGAAACAUUUUUCAGCCUGGUAUAAACUGGUUCUGGAAUGCAGGAUCAAAGUGGGUAAAGCAAAAGCUUUGUUUGAUUGGAAAAGCCAGCUUCGAAUGUUCCAGGCCUGGAGAACAUAUACAUGGGGAAAAAAGUUGGAGCAAGAAGUACAACGCACCGAGAUGGAACUGCGGGAGGAAAAAAGGAAGAAACAACUGGCAACAGAAUGUAAUCGGAAAUACAGGCUCAGGUACUGCUUCACUUGUUGGCUAUUAUGGUGCAAAGCAGAAAAAGAAAAAAGAGAAUUGGAGGCACGAAAAGAGGAGACCAAGCAAAAAAUGGCAGCACUAUUGGAUUCAGCCUCUUCUGGGAAAUUGUCAGCAGUUUCCAGAGCAUCAAGAAUUGAAUGUGAGUUGCAGCAAGUUGUUCCAGCUCAGUAUGUGAAAUCUCAGGUGAUGAUGAAGAAACAAGAUACUUCUCCAGUGACAGAUGACAGCAAAGUUCAUCAACUUACAGCUGCAGGACCAAAAUUUGCUUGGCAGGUUACCCACCAGCAUGCAGCACUAAACUCAGAGGAUGUAACACGUCUGCAAAAUAGGAGUAAAAUCUCAGGUGCAGAUCUUGAACAUCAUAAGCCCAAUUUUGGCAGUACUGGGAAGGUAACUCAGGACAACUUUAAACAUCGCCAUGCAUUCCAACAGCAAGUCAUUGAGGAUCAAAAAAAGCUACUUCAGGAAAAACAGAAAAUCAUUGAAGAACUGCAGGAGAAGCAACAGUUAACAAUCCUACAGCAAGAGGCAAAAUUAGCUUCGGCCAUCACCACUGCAGUUGUUAAUGCAACACAAAAGAUGCACGUUGAGCCACAUACUCAUGCUAGAAGACCUGCUGGAAAUGUGCAACUUGAAACGACAGACGCUACUGAGCAUAAAUUCAAAUCAAAUUGUCCUUCAUUAGCUGAGGAAUCCAAUUGUUCCACAAGCAGUACCAAUUGUAGCAAAACCAAUCAUAACUUGAUUUCACCUCAUCCGAUCGUCAAAGCAAUGGAGGAGCGAGCAAGGCAGCGCAUGGCAAAAAGAAAAGAAUUGGAAGAGAUCAAAAGAAAAAAGGAAGAAGACAAACUUGCACAGUUGAGAGCUGAAGAGGAAGAACGACGAAUGCAGCAGGAAGCUGAGAAACGGGCAUUGUUAGAAAAGAAGCGUGAGGAGAAAAGAUUACAGAGACAGAAAGAAAUUGAGAAGCAGGCGUGGUUGGAAAAACAAAGGCAAAUCCAGUCUGCUGCAGAAAAGCAUUAUCAGGAUUUUCUUUUGAAUAAACGAGGCCUUGAGCCUUGGCGAAAGCUUCUUGAAAUCUCCAAGCAAAACAUGAAGCUUGCAGAAGAUCACCACGCCUCUUCACUCCUAAGGUGGUGCCUAUGUACCUGGCGACAGAAUGUAACAGAGUCACUAUCUGAAAAGAAAUCCAAAGCUGAAAAAGUUUACAAUGAGAUUCUUCUUAAAAGGUGUUUGAACAAUUGGCUAAAGUAUAAUGAAUAUACCAACAUUAUGGAAGUGAGAGCAAAUCAACACUAUCUGACAGUUCUAAGAAGAUCCACAUUUCUUGCCUGGUGUGACUAUGUAAUGAUAGAAAGGACUGCAUCAUGGGAAAAGGAAAGAAUUGGAACAGAAUAUAAUCAGAGGAGGAUAGCCAAGUCAGCUUUCAUGGCUUGGAAGACCUUGCCAAUGGUCAUCAGGGAGGAGAAGAAAAAGGAACAACGUAUUAAUGAGCUCAGGAAGAAAGUUGCUGAAAUACUUCCUGAUUUCCUGACAUAAAAUAUUAAACAGUGACUAUCUUAAAACUCUACAAGGGAAAAAAACCUCCUGAUCCACCCUCAGUGGACACAAUAAUGUUGAAUUGGUGUCUAAAAGAUCCUCUAUUCUGCAAGGAAAGGACAGCAUGUCAUGACCUCUGCAUUUUGUAAAUAAAUUCUAAUUUAAUUAGCAAAGUACAAUUUUAAACAGUCUCUUUAUUGGAUAUUUUUUUUAAAAACGUUAGCAUCAGGACAUUAAAUUUUUGAGAAGCAAGUUUUGCACGUUGAUCUUUGGCUAUAUGAAAUUGAAGACGCACCCACGAACUAAACUAGAAUCAUACAACUUGUCUAUACUGUUAUUUCUGAAUAUAUUCAUUAUUAUAUCAAAGAUAUCAUUACUUCAACAGCAGUUCUAUGUCAAAGAUAAUAUUCCCCUCUCCACUAAACACAAUUUCACAACACUAUAUAUGUAAAAGAGUAAUAUGGAAUUGGUAUUUAAAGAUAAUUUGCUUACUUUCAAAAUUUUGAAUACCAACCAUACACAAAGAACUCAAACACUGUUUACCUAUUCUUAUUGAAAAUGAAUUCACAGUCUAAUUAUAACUACCUAAUUUUUAAAAAAUACUAUCAGCCAACUACUUUGUGGUAAAGAACUUCAAAAACUUAUUAUACAUUUGUAAUCAAAACUUUCGCAAAUCCAUUUUGCCUUUUCUAUUAAAAAAGUUUAAAGUUGUAGUCAAAAUGCUCAUAACAUUGCUUCUGUACUGCUGUUUAUACAAACUUAAUAACUUUUCCUCUUAGUUAUUGAAUAAUGGAAUGGGAAAUAAAGUCAAGCCUCCUAUAAAAGCAGGAAAUCUUGAACAUACUGUAGCUUCAAAGAUGGUAAAAUUCAUCUUGACUAGUGAUAAACUCAUGAUCUACUCUUAGAGGACACAUUAAAAUUGAAUUCAUGUCCAAAGAAUUUCCAUUCUGCAAGGAGGCCAGCCAGUCAAGCCCUCCUUAUGCACUUUGCAAAUAGAUUAAAAUUUUUCUUAACCAGUAAUAAACAAUACACAGAUAUAAUAAAUAACAUUAUCUGGUUGUCUCAGAGUAAAGUAAAUCCACUUCUGAGCCUUCAGUUUUAAGAAAUUAAUAAUCUCAGAUUACUGCUUCAAUGAAAUGUCAUUUGGAAAUACUAAUGAUGAAAAACAUGUUAAAUCUUAUAGAUUAGCAAGGAGGCAGGACUGGAGUGAAGUCAGUGAGAAGGCUGGUAUGGUCAGCGACCAGAUUGCAAGCCUAGAAAUCAGGAUCACCAUGUUACUGUAAAAGGGAAGAUAGGCUUAAAUUGCUUCUAUUUCAAUGCACAUAGCCUGGCAGGUAAAGCAGACAAACUGAAGGCAUGGAUUGCUUCUCGGGACUGGGACACUGAGGCCAUAACGGAAAUAUGGCUGAGGGAAGGGCAAGACUGGCAGCUCAGUGUCCAGGAUACUGAUAUUUAGAUGUGACAGAGGGAUGACACAGCAACAGUGCAGAGAGGAUAUUCUCAAGGGAUCAUCUGACAAGGCCAUUUGGGUAGUACUAAGGAAGAGGUCACCUUGAUAGGGCUAUAUAGAAUAAACAGCAGGAACUUGAGGAGCAGAUGUGUUGAGAGUACUGCACAUAGUUCAGAGAAUAGUAGGGUAGUACUAGUGAAAGAUUUUAAAUUUCCUGGUAUUGAUUAGGCCAGGAUAGGGCAGACCACUGGUGCAUCCAAAAGUUUCCUCAUGCAAUAUAUAUUUAAAAAAAUGACUCAGGCAGGAGCAAUACUGGAUCUCCUCUUGGGGAGCAAAGCAGGCAGUUGGGGAAUACUUGGGUCCAGUGAGCUCAAUUAGUUUUAAAAUAGUUAUGGAAAAUUAUAGAACUGGUCCACAGGUUAGGGUCCUGAUUUGAAGUGGAAGCAACAUUGAGGGCAUUAGGUAUGAUUGUCUAGUGAGAUCAACAAGGUACCUUUAUUUAAAGGGAAAAGAACAAUUGGCAAGUGGAAGGCUUUUAUAAGAGUUAUAUCAGGAGUCUGGGGGAGUAGACAUACCAAGUUCAGGGAACCAUGACUGACAAAAGAAAUUGAGGCACUGGUAAGGAAAAAGAAGUAUACAUCGUAUUUCAGCAGCUGGGUACAAAUUAAUCCUUCAACAAAUAUAAAAAGUUUAAGAGCAGGUGUAAGAGGGGUAAUCAGAAGGGCAAAGUUAGGUAUGAGAUGGAUUUUGUAGGCAGAGUUUAAAAUAAUCCUAAGAGGUUCUUCAGUUAUAUUAACAGUAAAAAAGUGACUAGGACUGUGUUCUCUUAGAGACUAGAGACUAUAGGAAAUGGUUGAGAUUAUUAAUGUCUCUUUCUCCUUGGUGUUACUAAAGUGAAUAUCACGGAUGCAUGUGAUAAAUAAAUGCAUCUCAGCAGGUGCACAAGAAAGAUGCUGCCUGGACCAGAGAGACCAAGUUAAAGGGCAGAAUUGGCCACACUGGAUCUUUUAUUCUCUGGAGCACAGGAGAAUGAGGGGUGACCUCAGUCCAUAAAAUCAUGAGUAUGAAUAAGGUCGACAGUCAUUGUCUUUUCUAAAGAUAUUAGGGAUCUGACACGGUUCUUUAUAACAGAAUAAUGAGCAUCUGGAAUGAGCUACCAGAGGACAUGGUUGAGGCAGGUACAACUGCAAUAUUUCACAAGCAGUAGAAUAAGUACACGGAGGGGUGGGGCUUGGAGGGUCAUGUGCCAUAUGUAGGCAUCUGCGACUAGUAGGAAGGAUGCAGUGGUUGGCACAGUCCAGUUGGGCUGAAUGGGCCUGUUUCUGUGCCAUAUUAGUCUAUGGCUCUAAAAGAAAAUCACAACCACUUACGCGAAGAUGGUAGUUGCACAGUCCUGCUUCGGCCCUGCAAUGGUUAGCACAAAUUUGCAACUCGUCAUUUUCAUAUACUAAUUAAAAAUGCACCAAGAUGAUAAAAAAUUUUAUUUUUAAACUUUUUUUUUAAAUUCAGGACCAUUUUUAGUUCUUUGAAUGGAGUUUAUGAACUGGUAUUUAAUAGUUCUUUUGAGAGUCAAACCUCCUUGAUUUUUGGUGACCAAUUACUUCAAAUAGUGGUAGGUAUGGGCGGAGCAGGAAAAUUCAUUUUUUUGGAAUACAGUUUUGAUACAUGAACAUAGUUGAUGUUUCCAAGAUGGUUCAAACUGCAUUCAAAUACAAAAAAAGCACAACAAAUUUUCAAGGAUCUCAAAGCAAUUACUUAUACAAUGAUAAAUUUAUCAAUAAAUACCAAGUCCGCUGCCCAUUUUUAAUAUACAGAAUUUUCUAAUACAGUACUAGAAUACUUCAUCUAACAUAGUUAACAUCUUAAGUUAAAAUAUUCUCUUUGCCAUGAAUAUGCAUCUUCAAACUUUCCUUUGUUGAGCAGAUACUCAGUUACCUUCAAUAUUUGUUCUUUCUCUUCCAAGCCACUAGGGUUUCUCACUUCCAGAGACCACAGUUGAACCUCUGUGACCUCACACAAAUGGUCAUUCAUCAUGAACCCAGUCACCUGCAGAUUUUGAUAUGCACAGUUCUUCCAAAGGGCUGAUUUAUCCUUCUUGAUCACAGAUGCAAUCUGAACUCAAAUUUACAACAGGCCAACGAUUUGACCUACUUACUCACUCCAUCUUUGCUAGAUGAGCCACAGUGAAAAAAUAUUUUCAACCAAAUUAAAUAAAGUUUAACAAACGUUAAUGCACAAAAUAUUUCUUCUGAAAUAAGUUCCAAGGACUCUAUGUAUUAUAAAUGUGGAGUGUUGUAUUAGAGAUCUCCAAUUACAAUGAGAAACUGAACACAAGAUAGAUGACACACUUUUUCCUAACAUAGUUUAGUCAUAUAUUUGGAAAUGUCUACCUUUACCAAAAAAAAAGUUUAAAAACCACGUGGCAUCCUUAAAACUAAUUAAGUAAUUAACUUUAUGCAGUUAAACUAAACUAUAAAGGCUAGUUAUCACAUUUGAGGUGAAGCACCCUCAAAAUAAAAUAGAAAAGGGUAUAAGUGCACCAAAAGCUUUAUCACCUUUUUGGAGAAGUCAGUACUAGACAUUUAAAAUAUUCUAAUUAAUGUCAAGUAUUUCUACUUGAGAGAUGACCAUUGCUCGCAAAUAAUUGUCAGUGUCUACAAUAUUCUCCUGUCACUUGCACUAAUUCUUAUUUGAGGGAUAUUUACAUCACAUUUGAAAGUAAUGCAAACAUUAGUAGGGAAACUAUAGAAAUUGCAUUGAUUUUAGCACAUGAGUGGUUUCUGUUUUGGCAUGGUUUUUCUGGCUUUAGUCCUGUGACUUAACAUCAGAGUAAUUUGUUUCACAGGUAUCACCACAACGUACAUAAUGAAGGAGAACAAAGCACAAGAUAAAUGGUAAUUAACACUUAGAACACAAAAAAAAAUCAGAAAAACUUGGAAUAACAAUUGCCUAUUCACAAUUUAAAUCAUCAACCUGAUCUUUGAGAUUGAAAGUAUUAAAGGUCCAUAUUAAUGGAAUUUUAAUCAACAUCUGAUCAGAUCAGCGACUACAACUGGAUUACAUCCACAUACAUAGAGUUGCAUUGGGAAUAUCAAACUAUUUAUAUAACAUAACUGCAGAACAAACUCAUUGUGCUAUCCCUUUUCAAAGUGGUUCUUCAGCUAUUUAUAAUUAUUUUUGAAAGUUAUAAUUUUUUUUCCAGAGCCAAAAUGUAACUAGUGUAACUGAAAUGUAAUAGUGUUAACUGUAUGCCUCAGUAUUAAGCCUCAAACUUUUUUUAAACAUGUUUUGUGAAAAUAACUGAUUUAAAAUAUGUACACAAACACCCAUGAUAAAAAUGCUAUAAAAUACUUAACAUCAAACAAUGGCUAUUCUUUCCUUUGACUUUAAAAAUUAAUAAAUUUUCCCAUGCGCUUAUGAAAAUAUUGAUAUAAAUUCAGUAUUGAUGGUAUUAUACCCAAAAGAAAAUGCUGGAAACAUUUAGCUGGUCAGGGAGCAUCAAGAGACGCACAGCUAAUAUUUCAGAUUGAUGGCCUUUCAUCAAACUCUCAAUGACCUCAAUGUUACCUUAACUUUGCCCACCACAUCCAAUGUUCCAUUUCUAUUUCAAGUUUUUAGUACAUAGUGUUCCAGUCAUUUGACUAAUUCCACAAAAUGAAAUCAUAGAACACAGAUUCUAAAUACAAAUCAUACAUAAUUUCAAAAGUAACAUCAUGUGAACAACCUUCAAUUAACAGGUAUUGUACAGCUUCU